AUGAUUCAGGGGCAACCAGGACUACGAAAGUGAGUGAAACAACAUCCAGAAGAUCGCAAUCGCCAAAGAAAUCACCUCAGCGAGUUGCAUCUCCUGAAAGAAUCCAAGUGAAGAGAUUCAGAUCAAGAUCCCCCGAUAAAAUUCCCGACAUCAUCGAACCCCAGCCGGAAAUUGUUAGCAGUAAAUCCCGAAGUCGAGAACCAACUCCCGAUGGCGAUUUACCACAUUACAUGAAACCGUUAGAUAGAAGCCUAAGACCGAACAGUCCUCAUCGAGAUGGUUCUAGUCCAACUAAACCUCAACCUGUAGAACAGGAUGCUAGAUCAACUCGGUUUGGGGUUACAUUGAGAAGAACUGAUUCGGGCCGGACCAUAAAGACAACAGAGAAUUCUGCUAUAACCGAAAGAAGGAAAAGCAGUAUUAUCUUGGAGAAGCGGAUCACUGAGGAGGAAAUUGAGGAGAUUUUUGAAUUGGAAGUUUUGGAGGAAUUGCUUGAAAAAAUAACUGGCUACGAACUGAGAAGGAAGAUUCGCACCCAAAUUCGCCUAGUAAAAAAGCUGAUAACAGAAGGUACCCUAGAAGAGUACAUUACGAAAAGAAAAUCAGUAUCACGUGAGGCCAUUACUCGAAGAGGUUCCAGCCCAUCUAAAGCUCCGAAACCCGAAACUACAACCAGCUCUACUGAAUAUCAGUCGACCUAUACAAGGAAAGUUAGUCCAGAGCGUAAAGUCGUCGACUCCAAUAAGCUAUACAAGCAUUCCGGACUCGUCGACAGGCGAAGAAGUAGCUUGGAAACGACUACCGAAUAUCAGUCAUCCUACUCGCAUGAUGAACGCAGAUCUUCCACUGAAAUUACAUCAGUGUCGAGAAAAAGCUCGAGUCCUCAAAGAACUAGUUCCAAAACCACCGAGUUUCUCCCUUCGGAUAAAGUGACUACGACUACAACCACAGAAAACAUCCCCGGAGGAACCCGAUCGACCACAACCAAAACCACAGAAAGAACGUUUACCACUUUGAAAAAAACAGUGCCCCCUGCAAAAGCACCGAUGUCCGCUUCACAGCCAGAAUGGGUGAGGCAGCGAAAUUUGAAAAACACCAGAGAAACUGCCGCUACCACUGUUAAAAAGAGCACAAACACUUCUACCAGCACAUCCAAGAAGUUUACUUCCAGAAUCAGCCCGGCAAAGGAAAUUAAGGGCACGGAUAUUAUCACGUCCAGUUAUGGCGUAGGACCAACAGACGAAAAUGGUACACCUUUAUUUGGACUGAAGGCUCUGAGGGCACAGAAUAAAAAUGAAAAAACAAAAGUUCAAGGAACAGUGAUUCGAAGUGAAUAUUACUCGGAAAACGAUCAAGAGCCGGUGGGCCAAGUGAGCGUUACGAAAUAUUCGACCGAUCCGAGAGACUUGGAACAAGACGGAAUUAUUGCCGUUGAUGGAAAAGUGUCCAGCGUUACCACCACCCAGAAAUUUGGAUAUAAAGAUACACCGUCUUUGAAAAGUCUCACCGACAAGAAAAAGGAAAUAUGCGACACCACCGAAACAUCGACAACUAAAACCACUAAAGUUAAUCGCAGAGGUUCAGUCAAAGAAAUCUCAAAGAAAUUCAUUGAUAAUGCAGUUGAAACUUUGAAGAGUGAACGGCAAACAACCUAUCCAAAGGCAGGUUUGAUCUUGCGAAGUUCCAGCUUCAAAAGUACGAACGGCGAAGGUGAAUUGGAUAGCAGAGAAUCAUCUCCAGCUGAAGACAGACAAACAACAAGCAGUGUUGUAACAAUGUCUACCAUGCAGACUUCCACCACUGGCGAGACGUUUUUGACUAACAAAAACAAGAUUUCUGGAGUGCGGGAUGUAUUAACAAGAAUGAAAAAUGAAAAUUACGUGGAGGGAGACACUGACGAAGAUAUUGCAGCCAGAGGACU